AUGUGUUGCAAUGAAUGCAGUGUAUGGCACAACAAGUCGUGCGAAGAUAUUGACACAAAAGAAUAUGAAUACUUAGAACAUUCAUCGGUCGUUUGGCAUUUUUGUAUUUGUGAUAGUGUAAACAUUGAUAGCUUUACUUUUAAUAGUUAUGAACUGAAAACUUCAAACAUUUUCUUUCCAUUAUCAGAAAAUGAAACCACCAUUGACUCUUUGAUAUUCAAUGAACCGUUCACCCCGUUACAUUCUAGCAGCCCGAAUGCUAGAACUCAACGCUCAUCGCAAAGUGCAUUAUUUCGCACCAAAUCUAGUCGUUCAUCCCGUGGAUCAACCCUACCUAGUGACAAUGUCUUUCUUCCAAAGAAAAUAAAUUUGAGAUUAUUAACAGUAAAUUGUUGUAGUAUUCGUGAACAUAAACAAGAAUUAGCAACUUGCAUAGAAUAUACUAAACCAGAUAUUAUAUGUGGCACCGAAUCUUGGCUUAAAGGCAUUAAACCUGGGAAAGAACCAUCCAGAAAUGCUAUUAAUUCUUGUGAAAUCUUUCCUGAAAACUAUAACUUUUAUAGAAAUGACCGUAUGUCACGGGGUGGUGGAGUGUUUAUCGGGGUAAGAAAGGACCUAGUAUCGGAUGAACAAGUACAUUUAAUCACGGAAUGCGAAAUCGAAUGGGCAAAAGUUAAAAUGAAGGGCAAGAAAGACCUGUAUUUAUCAUCAUUUUACCUGCCACUUAGGAAUUUAAACGACCUAACUCAACUUGAUAAUUCGCUUGAAAAACUGACUAACUCUGGGAAAAAUAAACAUAUUAUACUUGGUGGUGACUUUAAUUGCCCGGAUAUUGAUUGGGAUAAUUUACAAGUUACACCUAACGCGCCUGAUAAGGCAGUACAACAAGCUCUCAUUGAUAUAUCCAUCAAACAUGGUCUUACCCAGGUACAUAAUCAACCUACUCGCCAGGAAAGUAUACUGGACUUGGUAUUUACAAACAAUUCUUCUCUUACUAAGACUUCAACCAGUAUACCGGGAAUAAGCGACCACGCGAUGGUGGUGACGGAUUCAGAUAUAUCACCAGUCUAUAAUGUUCAAAAACCUAGGAGGAUUUACUUGUUUCCUAUGGCCAACUGGACUGAAAUUUAUCAAGCGUGUGAAAAUCUCUCUGAUGAAAUAGUCAAUAUGAAAUUACACUCCGUCCAGGAGAAGUGGGAUACUCUGAAAUGUAAUAUACAGACUAUAAUGGAUAAACAUAUUCCAUCCAAGAUAUUUAAAAAAAGAAACACCGUCCCAUGGUUCAAUAAGCAUCUUAAGCGUAUGACAAAGAGGAAAGCUCGUCUCUAUUCACAUGCCAAAAGAACAAAACAGUGGACUCAAUUUAGAUAUUAUCAGAAGCUUGUAAGCGUGAAUUUAAAAAAGCAGAAGUGA